AACAAUCCCCUAGUGAAGUUCCCGUCUGCAGUCAUCAAGGGCUUGAAGAAUCUUGAGGAAUUCCGGUGUCCAGGGUGCAACCUGGGUCCCACCCUUUCAAGAGGUCUCCUGGAAUUCCAGAGCCAGGCUUUGAAAAAGGUGUUUCUCAAUUCCAACAGCAUCUCCAAACUGGAAGUAGGAGCCAUUACGGGUAUCUCGCCCAAUACGAACAUUUUUCUGGACCAAAACAAUAUCACUGUAUUGCCUGAGAAGAGCUUCCGCCCAAUAUUGGAAAUCCUCUCAAGGGGGAAUGGAACCCUCGUUCUAAGCGGCAAUCCUAUCCGAUGCGAUUGUAACAUAGCAUGGCUGGUGCUUGGUCAGAAAUUUAUUAGGAACAUUUCUGGGAAGUGUCACAAUGGAACCGAUUUGAAAGACUUGAAUUCGGAAUACAUGAAGGACUGUGAUCGUCCAUGUCCCUACCAGUGCGUGAAGAUCCAAGUGUCGUCUUUCUGCAAGACAGUGCUUCCUUCAAACUGUCCUUCCGAGGAGUUCUGCUGCCAGCCGCCCUUACCCAUAGAUUCAUGUCCAUCCACCCACGUGUGCCUUCCUCGCUCAUAUGCAAGUAAGUGCGAUCCAGGAACUGAGAUCUGGAACACAUCGUGCUCAGGGAGUGAAGUGUGCUGCAGCGUCAAGACCAUCCUACCGACUCUCUUUCCCCGCCAGCCAUCUCAAUUCCCAGGUGACGUCCCAAAUUCAAUAUUACAG